AUGACGAACAAAGUUGAAACAAAAUUACAAGAUGAAAAAGAUACAAAGAGAAAUUUACAUAAAGUCGAAGAUGAUGAAGAAUAUGAUUAUAUUACAAUACCACCUGAUGGAGGUUAUGGUUGGGUUGUUCUUCUAGCAUGUUUUAUGAUUAAUUUAAUUGUUGAUGGUUUUCUUUAUGCAUUUGGUGCAAUAUCAGAAACUCUUCGGAAACAUUUCGACUGUCACGAAUGGGAGGUUACGCUCGUUAGUUCUUUAGCUUGUGGUUUUUAUUUACUUAGCGCACCAAUAGCUUCUGCACUUUGUAAUAAAUAUGGUUGUCGUAAAGUUGGUAUCAUUGGAAGUGUUAUUGGAGCAUUAGCUGUUGCAGCAUCAGUUCUAGCACCAAAUAUAUAUAUAAUGUGGUUAUUAUUUGGUGUUAUCGGAGGUAUUGGUAUGGGACUUGUUUAUUUACCGAGCAUUAUUAUGGUUGGAUAUUAUUUUGAAGAAAAACGUGCCAUUGCUACAGGUAUUGUUACAGCUGGUACAGGAAUUGGUUCAAUUAUAUUUGGACCAAUGUCGCGUAUAUUAUUCGACAUAUUUGGUUGGAAAACAGGUGUACUUAUUCUAUCUGCUAUUCUUCUUUGUUGUGUUAUUUGUUGUAUUUUUAUGCGUCCUUUACAACCAAUUCAAAAACGACGUGUUUUACCGUCGAGUGACUUAGUUGAUGAUAAUGUAUUUAACGGCACAACAUCAUCUCCUUUAAUUAAUGAAACCAAACCUAUACGUACAGGUAAUAUACCAACAUCAAUACAAACUCCAGAUUCAAAUUUUUCUGAAGUGACAAUUGAACAAAAAAUUAAAAAACGAUCACGUACUGAUUCAGCCAUAUCAACAAAAUCACGGCAAAGUAUUAAAGCUGAAGAUGCUGUUCGUCCUUUAUAUAAAGAAGAUGUACUUUAUCAAGGUGAUACGAACGAUUUACCUGAAUAUACAUCUCAACCUGAUAUAGCAACUUACAUUCAACAAACAACAAAAGUUCCUGAAACUGUAGAAAAAACAAAAAUGAAAGCAUUUUGGGAUAUAUUUCUUUCGAUGGCAGAUUUUAAUCUUUUAACUGAUAAGAAAAUGCUUAUUAUUUGUUUGGCAAAUGUUUGUUCAAUGAUUGGUUUUUAUUCACCUUAUUUAUUCAUUCCAAAACUAGCUGAAUUAGAGAGAUCGAUUCCUGAGGCCUCAGCUGUUUUUCUACUCUCAAUUAUUGGUUUCAGUAAUACAGCUGCUCGAUUUGCAUCUGGAUGGAUAACAAAAAUUCCUCAUAUGACACCAUUACUUGUUAAUAACAUUGGUUUAACGAUUGCUGGUAUUGCUUCACUACUUGUACCAUUAUGUCAAACACAUAUACAUCUUAUCAUUUAUUGUAUUAUUUGGGGUGGUUUUAUUGCAUUUCAUGUUUCAUUAAGUCCAGUAAUUGUAUGUCAAACUGUUGGCCUUGAACGUUAUAGUAAUGCGUUAGGUUUAACAUUAAUGUUUCGAGGUAUUACUGCAUUAUCUGCUCCACCUAUCAUGGGUGCUAUUCGUGAUGCUACAAACAGUUUUGAUAUAGCAUUUAUUAUUGGUGGUAUUAGUUUUAUAGUAAGUGCAUUGAUGCACUUUUUUCUUAUGUGGGUUAAUCGUCGUGAGGAAGAACAAUUGAAUAAAACAAAGAAAAUUAAUAAUAUUCAAAUAAAAUCAGGUGCAUUAGAUGUAUAA